AUGUCAACAAAUGUUACGCCACUCAAGCGAUCCGCCAUAGAAGCUGGAUUGGACAACGAUGAUUCUGUCAUAGACGUCGACACCAAGGCUUCGGUGCCAAAGGUGUCAAAGGCUCGUGCGUGCGCCGAGUGUAAACGACACAAAAUCAAAUGCGAGGUGAAACCCGGCGAAACAAGCUGUACAAAGUGUCUCCGCAGUGGGAUCAAGUGUGUAGUCAACGACUUUUCACAGAAAUUUGUGGACGACGAUUUAGCAUGGAAAUCGCAAGCGAACUCUACUAUACAACAACUACAGGCUGCCGUGUCGCAUCUCCUUCGACACAACAAUCUGCCCGACAUUUCAACAUUUUCUCCAUCGGAAAGCAACGUAGACCGAACACCAGAAGCAACGGUCACCCCAAGCGUCCGGCUACCGUCCCACGACACAAAGCGAUUGAGUGUACCGGCUAUCAACUCAAGCACUGCUACCGAAGGACAGAUGAUGGCCAGAGAAACUUCACAGGAUGGAAAUUAUGAGGAGCAAGAUCUUGUUUCCGCGCCAAUGCGCAGUCUUUACGAGGUGACCAAGUUACGGAAUUUCGGAAAUCAUAUGGUUGAGAAACCAAAGUCAACAUUACUAGAAGAAGAUUUCAUCUCGCGCGGGUAUGUGUCGCUACAUGAAGCGCAAGAACUGUUCGCAUACUUUAGCCGCACAAUGAAUCAGCUUUUAUGGGGUGGUAUUGCUGUUCCUCAUCGGGACCUGACGUCCGUACGGCGAGCAUCAACGCUUCUUCUGGCUGCUGUUCUGACGGUAGCUGCACUACACAUACCGAACCGAGCAGAAACUCUAAAUACGUGCUACAAUGAAUACGUGUCGCUGGUAUCUAAUAUGGCUUUGACACGGUCACAUACGCUAGACGAUAUUCGUGGGCUUUGCGCGGGCGCAUUCUGGCUAUCGGAUCUCAGCUGGAAGCUAUCUGGACAUGCGGUCCGUAUUGCAACAGAGAUGGGUCUGCACCAGAGCUUCCAUAAGAUGACUCGCGGGUACGCUGAUCAGUACCAUUACGAAAGGGCCCAACUUUGGUAUUUGCUCUAUGUGUGCGACCACCAUUUCAGCAUUGCAUAUGGACGGCCUCCGGUGAUUCACGAAGAUAGUGCCAUCAAAAAUUGCGAGAUGUUUUUACAGACUCGAUUUGUCGUUCCAGGCGAUAUUAGGCUCAUGGCGCAGGUUGCUCUCUUUCACAUUCUGACCGAAGCAUACCACACUUUUGGUUCGGAUGCUGAGCAGCCGCUCAGAGAAGAAGACUUUGGACAGUUGCGGGUUCAUAACGUAGCGGUUGAUCAGUGGCGGCUUUUAUGGCAGCCUCGAUCGGCCGACAGCCCGUACGUUCGCACUUAUCCAUCCAAAGGGGUAGUACUUCACUAUCAUUUCGCCAAGUUUCAACUAAACUCGCUUGCUCUCCGAGCAUUAUCGCCAACAAAUACACCAGUUUUCUCAAUGGACCGCAAGGAAUGUGCCAACGCUGCAAUCUCAGCGGCCAUGUCAUGUCUAAACAUGGUAUUAGAAGAACAAGACGUGCGCGACGCCAUUGUCGGUGUCCCCAUUUUCACGCACACGAUGGUCACGUUCUCGGCAGUAUUCCUGCUCAAAGUCGCCGUUAACUGGAACUCGGCGUACCUCAAUAUCGACGGAAGACAGGUACGACACACGGUUGAAAGAGUAAUCGAGUUGAUGAAUUGCGUGAGUGCAGGCGAUCGACAUCUAACUCGCCAUAUUGCGCGCGGCUUAAGCAAAAUGCUUGAUCGGUUCAAUGCGUGGGAAGGAUGGUUCAACAAUCACGGUACCAGGAACCCUUCCACUGCAGUUCCCGUUGGAAAUAGCAAUGCUGGGGCCCCUACGAAUGGCUAUGAUAACCCCGCGGCUUCCACCGCUACUAUAACAAAUAGCAACGACCUGCAGCCUUCCUCCACAGUGGUCAACACGGGGAACAAUGUCAGCACCGGGGUGAGAAGACGCUCCAUACCCGGAGGCGCGAAUGCCAUGGCUCAGGGACUUCCACCCCCGGAUCUUAUCUAUACAAUGGUCGGCACUUAUGGAUUUGGCCUCGAUGAGCAGUUGAUGGAUCCUACGAUACCAGGAUUUGAGUAUAUGUCGCAAUGA